ACAGCAGUCCCGUCCGUGUCCGUCGAAUGACGGGCAGAUCGCGCGGGCUGAGGUCUUUAGAGAACGCCAGCGGACGGCGACCAUAUAUGCUGCCGUGUAUUUCGUUGCACGGUGUUUUUCCAGUGUGUCUCAACGUGAAAGAACGUCGUGUUGGAUCUAUUGGGAACUUACUGUUGUGUUCGCUUAAACAGCUUUGUCGUUAGGUCCCGUCCCCGUUUGAAGUCCACGGGUGCAACGCGAGACCCCCUUCGUCCACUCCGAGGUCACAUCACCUGAGAGUCAACUAGAGGUCUGGUGAAACAGCCGUCGUUACGUUUCGUUGGACAUAUCGUAGGGCGAAAAUUUUUGUAGAGUGUAGAAGGGAUUUUUUAGUACAAGAUGGGGCUUUGCGGAAAGCGUUUUGGCUAUGAGAGCCCUGCGGUUGGCACGUGGUGCACGGCGUUGAGCUUGCAGCUCGUCACCGGUAUCAUCAUGCUCCUGAUAGGCCACCAGAAGGACAUCCACGAUAUCUUGGAGGCGUCUUCUCUGACAACGAACGCAUACAGUGUCUUCGAGUAUAUGGGUCUCAUUCAUAUGGCUCUUGCUGUUCUUAUCGCUGCAGUUGUUGCUUUGGGUCUGUUUGUUUCUCCGUGUUUCAUGUGUCCCCUGUGCAUUAUCAAUAUCGUCGAGAGCCUCUACUGCGUCGUCAGUGCUGCGACUGCCGGAGCGUAUCUGCAGCCUUACAUUUCCUAUGUGAAACAUGAGGAGCUUUCAUUUGAAGGAGAGAACUCGUGGUCGCAAGCCGACACCUACUUCGCUAGGGCCAACAGCGGGUACAUUCUAGCAGUCGCAGUCUUAUCUCUUGCGACACUGGCUUCGUUCAGCCGCGCUCAUGGCAUGGGCAACGACACACCAAUUCCGGAGGCGCAGAUGUACGUCCCUUGCGUCACGUUGGUCAUCAUUUCAGGAGCAAUCCUCAUUAUUGGUGGAGGUGGUCAAGGAUACACUGUUUCCUUAGGCGCGAUUUGGUUUAUUCUUGCAUUCGCGGUGGCAAUAAUCCUGAAUAUCACCCAUUGCUGUCUCUCUCCUAAGAUAUGCAACAUUUUAGUAGCAGCGGCAUUUGGCUGCGUGUUAGUUGUAGCUCUUGUGAGCUGUAGCGUAGUCACAUCUACUUACCACAACAUCGUUAAAGAAGUUGGGAUGGUCGGCGUGCCGCAGUAUUUUACGAAACCCACAGAGGAUAAUAUGGAAGAUUACAAGAUCUUCACCAUCAUGGGAGGCGGCAGAUGGCUUGUUGUCGAGUCAUGCACAUCACUGGCAUGCGCGGUUCUGGCAUUCUUCUCCAUGGCAUACUCGCUUCGGUCGGUGAUCACCUGCUGCGGCAAAGGCGAGUAGCUCAAUCGUUUUCCGAGCUGUGUGGUAAUUCUUCUUUGAUAUGCCUUGUACGCUUCAACACGGGACCUUAAAAAAACAGGUGAUGCCAGUGGGGAGUUUUCCUCGUAUUGCGCCCGACACUUAUCAAAGUGUGGUGGUUUUUUUGCCACUCCGAGAGAACUGACAGUGCAUCUCGGGAGGCAUCUGCAAGGCUUUUCAUCAUCUUAAUCGUGGUCGUCGUGGUAUAUAUUUUAUGAACAGCGCAGAAGGCGUGCAUCGCAAACCGCGUCCCGUUUACGAGCGGAGGGCAAACUUCUGUCCGAAACUGUAAAUGCAUAUUGUGUCCAUGUCAUUACGGUAUGUCCCCG